AUGUCGAUAUGGCCCGAUCUGGAAGUCCUCGACCCCAAGGACCCUUUUGCUGGUCGUCCGAACGUAUUCUCCUCUUCCUUUUGCCCUUCGCCUGACUCGAAAAAGGCCUCUUCGACCGAAGAAGAUGCUGACGAGGAGGAGGGGCCGGAGUACAUUGAAGCCAAUCGACAGCUGGUCAAGAGGAAUCCGCCGUCGUCUUUGGGUGGAACUGAACUUCGAAUCUCUUCACCCAACACUUUCACUCGAAACGGAAACAAUCGUGGGGAUUACUCAACUGGCAGGCGGAUUUUAGAUGAAUCUGAAAAACUGGUAAAAGCAUCAUUUUUAUUAGAGCAAGAUGGAUCCGUCGCGUGUGCCUGA